AUGCCAACCCUGGAUGAUAUUUUAGAGCAGAUAGGAGAAUUUGACUUCUUUCAGAAACAAGCCCUCUUUGUCUUAUGCCUGCUUUCUGCUGCCUUUGUUCCCAUUUAUGUGGGGAUUUUUUUCCUGGGAUUCACCCCCGAGCAUCGCUGCUUCAGCCCCGGGGUGGCUGAGCUGAGCCAGCGGUGUGGCUGGAGCCUGGAGGAGCAGCUGAAUCACACGGUUCCCAACUGGGGUGGCCAUGGGACCAGUUUCAGCAGCCGGCGCAGGAGGGAACGGGGGAACUACCGGAGCGCUGUCCCCCUUGGUCCCUGCCAGGACGGCUGGGUCUACGACUCCCUGGGGACCUCUCUCGUGACUGAGUUUAACCUGGUAUGUGAGGACGCCUGGAAGCUGGACCUCUUCCAGUCGUGUGUGAAUGCUGGGUUUUUUAUUGGCUCCAUGAGCAUUGGCUACAUAGCAGACAGGUUUGGCCGCAAACUCUGCCUCCUGGUCACAGUCCUCAUCAAUGCGGUCUCGGGGGUUCUCAUGGCCUUUGCGCCGAGCUACACCUGGACAGUGAUCUUCCGGCUGAUACAGGGGCUGGUCAGCAAGGGGGGCUGGCUGACAGGCUACGUCCUCAUUGCAGAAUUUGUUGGCUCAAACUACCGGAGGUCAGUGGGCAUCAUUUACCAGCUUGCCUUCACCCUGGGACUCCUCGUCCUCACCGCUGUGGCUUACGCGCUUCCGCACUGGAGGUGGCUCCAGCUCGCGGUGACACUGCCCAGUUUCUUCUUCCUGCUCUACUAUUGGUGUCUGCCUGAGUCUCCCAGGUGGCUAAUAGCUCGAAAGCAAAAUGAGAAAGCUAUGGAAGUUAUUAAGCGCAUCGCCAAGGGAAAUAAGAAGAAGCUACCCCUCUCUUUCCAGAAUCUCAACUCUGAAGAAGAAGAUGGAGAAAAGCUGAAACCUUCAUUUCUAGACCUGGUUAGGACACCUCAGAUCAGAAAACACACGUUCAUUUUGAUGUACAGUUGGUUCACGAGCUCCGUCCUCUACCAGGGGCUCAUCAUGCACAUGGGAAUAGCCGCUGGGAAUAUGUAUCUGGAUUUCCUCUAUUCAGCUCUCUUCGAGUUCCCAGCCGCCUUCAUCCUCAUGCUAACACUGGAUCGCAUUGGCCGUCGCUACCCCUGGGCUGCAGCAAACAUGAUGACAGGUGUUGCUUGCCUCGUUACGGCGUUAGUCCCAGUCACUCUUUAUUGGCUUAAAAUGAGUGCAGCUUGCUUGGGCAGGAUGGGAAUUACAAUGUGCUACGAAAUUAUUUGUGUGGUAAAUCCUGAGCUGUAUCCAACAUUUCUCAGGAACCUGGGAGUCCUCGUCUGCUCGUCCAUGUGCGACCUUGGUGGGAUCAUAACACCCUUCCUUGUGUACAGACUCGCAGAGCUCUGGCAUGAGCUGCCCCUGGUCGUCUUUGCUGUGAUUAUUUUAAUCGACGGCGGCUUGGUUUUGCUCUUACCUGAGAUGAAGGGAAAGGCUUUGCCUGAGACAAUUGAAGAUGCUGAAAAUCUGCACAGGCAAGAGAGAAGCAUAGAAAAAAUGAUUUAUCUCCAUGUUCUGACCUCCGAAGCUGCCCCCAAGUAA